UUACCUUCGUUGACGUCAAGCAUUUCACCGUUCAAACUUUAAACCCAUUUUUUAUUCUCAAAGAAAAAUAUGUUCAUCUUUGAUGCAAGCUCAACCAUUGCUCAAUGAGAAGCCGUAGAGCUUGUGCAACCAUUCCUUCAAUCAAGCUUAUGCAAGACAAUCACAGAGAACCUCCAUAUUCUUCUUCUUCUGGGGAAUAGUCGGAGGAAUACUAUAUAUAAAGCUUAAACCACUGCUCUUGCAAUCACUGGCUUAUUUUGUUCCACGACCUAUUGAUUGGAAGAGCUAUUAUUAUUGCAAAAGAGGAGAAGGUUUUGAGCACAAAAGCUGCAAUGGCUUCAUCAUCAGGAUCGAAUAAUGCAGGUUUGUCUCAGAUUAUGGAGAAGAAUUUUGUUCUGUUGGUUGGGAUUUUAUUGUUGCAGAUUGUAGUUCAUUGCUCUGGUGCUGAUUCGAAGGUAGAAUCCAGUGUGAAAACUGAUUUGGACCGCAGAAGUUCGUUAACAUCGGAUAAUUCAAAUGGUUCCAUUGAUAACACUGUUGGGUCUAAUUCGGUUUCGAAUGCUAACGAUGUUCAAAAAGUGAAGAAAGAAGGAGAUCAGGUGGUUGGAUCAAAGGAGGGUAUUGGGGAUAAGAGGAGCAAUCCAAGUAAGGAAGUGGGUGUGAAAGAAUCUGAUAAUGUGGCAAGGAGUGGUGGAGGGUCGAGCGAGGGAUCCAAAUUAGAGGGCGAGGACAAGAAACAGAAGCAGAGUGAUGGGUUGGAAUCAAGGGAAGUGCCUAAGGAGGUGGAUAAUGGUGCAAAUACGGUCUCUGUGAACCCCACAAGGAAGGAGGGGACGCGGAGUGAGGAAUGUGAUACAUCUAAUAUGUGUACUGAUGAGGGCAACCAGUUGGUUGCGUGUAUGAAAGUUCCCGGAAAUGAUUCUCACCAUCUUUCACUUUUAAUUAAGAACAUGGCCAAAGGCCCUCUCUUGGUUGCCAUUGUAGCUCCUGAUUUUGUGCGACUGGACGAAACAAAAAUUCAACUUGAAGUGAAAGAAAACAGAAAAGUUUUGGUUUCUGUUGGAAACGGAGGGGCUGGCAGUUCAAUUGUCCUAAAAGCUGGAAAUGGUCGAUGCAACCUUGAUUUGAAGGACCUAAUCACAAACAGUUCCAGGAAGGAGCCUGAGAAUUCUUCAAACUUUGCCUACACAAACUUCCCAAAACAAAAACCUACGAUUGCAAUUCUGUUCUUUGCUUCAGCAAUGAUAUUGGCAUCGGCUUGGAUGUGCAUCAGCUUUAGAAAUAGGCGCGUCUCUGGCAGUGGGUUGAAAUAUCAGAAACUAGAUAAGGACCUGCCAAUUUCCAAUGUAAAAAACCGGGUGUUGCAUGUUAACGAUGGAUGGGAUAAUAACUGGGACGACAAUUGGGAUGAUGAGGAGGCACCCCACACACUCUCGAUGCCGAUUACUCCUAUUCUCUCUGGCAAGGGCCUCGCCUCACGACGGUUGAACAAGGAAGCGUGGAAAGAUUAGUCAGUUAGGUUGAGAAAGAGACUGUAGAUGCAUGUUCCUAUUUUUGUUGAUUUGUUUGUUAUUGACAGACAAUUAUCUGAUUUUUCAUUUUCCAAGCAGGUGUAAAAACAGGAAAAAGGUUUUUCCCACUUAUUUACAGGAGGUUAUGUGCUGACUUGUACGCCAAAAGCUUUUUGGGUGUUUUUGGUGAAGUUUUGCUUUCUAGGGCAGAUGUGGGUUGCCUGUUGGCUAGGGUACGUCUCUCUUGUACUCAAGUUUGAAUUUCCUUUUCCUUAAAUUAAAGUAGUUUUGAAUAUCA